UGGUCGAGUGCAUAUUAGAUAGGCCCCCCUUUACGUUAUUUUAUUGCCAAGAGUGUGGUAAGCAUUGCUAUAUUGCCAAGCGUGUGGUAUAGUAAAGCUUCGAUCCUCCGUCGCCGAAAAAAGAAUGUGUACGAAAUUUGUACAAGAAUAUAUACGAAAUUUCUAUACAAUAUUCGAAUAAAAUUCGCACAACAAUUUUGUAUAUAUUCUCGUACAAAUUUUGUACAUAUUCUGUACAAAACUUGUACAGCUAUUUUCAGUGGGAAUAAAAUAUAAAUUAUUACAUGUUAAUUAUUACAUUCAUUUUCCCAAUUUUAAUUACACAACACUGCUCACGGAUGAUGUACGCGCGCUUAGCAAGUUUCUUGUAGAACUAAAAAAUUAAAACCAUGGUUACUCUCCUGUUGUGUAUUGUAUUAUAUAUAUACUAUACUACGUAUAAUCAUAAUCAGGAUUCUCGUUUUUGUACAUAAGUCUUAAUCCAUAUAAUUUAAUUAAUGAUUUUCAAUAAAACAUUUAAAAUUAAACUUAAUUAACGACAUUUUCAACAAUUAUUGUACAAGUAAUAAGAAUAAUAACAUAGAAUUGAAAUCUUAAAUAUGACCCCCUGCAUUAUUCAUGAGACAUUAAAUCAGUAUCAAAAGUCAAGGAUUCUUUUUGUACAGGCAAUUAGUCGAAUUGCUUUGCUGCAUCAACACAUUGAAUAUUUCAAUGAAGUGGAUAUUUUAGAUCUCCUUUGUCCUUUAUUAUAUGAUGUCUUGCCAUUAGUGAAACAAUUUACAGUUAUUGCUCUUGCAAGAUUAGCUAAUCAAGACUAUAUGAUUGCUUCUUUGAUUUCAAAAAAAAUAAUCUUCUCCCAGUUACUGGAAAAUAUACAGAAACAAUCCGAAUUUUAUAAACAAUCAGUUUUAUUUCUUUUGCGAAUGUUGAUGAAACAUUCUGUUGAAAUAACUUUGACAGUAAUAUCACAAGGUGGUAUGGAAGCAAUAAAUUUAUGUUUGCAAGAUUUUAAUUCUGAUAUAAGAAAAUCAGCUGCUUGGACUAUAGGCUACGUUGCACGACAUAACGAAUAUUUAGCAUUGGCAGUUGUAGAAACUGGUGCUGUUUCACUAUUAGUAUCUUGUCUGCAAUCAUCUCAAUCCGAGCUAAUACAAAGCACUUCAUCAGCAUUGUGUGAUAUUAGUAAACAUACUUCUGAGUUGGCCCAGGCAGUCAUUGAUGCUGGUGCUAUUCCACUUUUAGUAAAAAAUAGUUCAAUAGAAGAUACAAAAUUAAAUCACCAAACCUUAUUGACACUUGUUUGUAUUGCAAAACAUUCAGUACAACUAUCUAAUACUAUUGUACAAUCUCAACUACUUUCAGAUAUAUUUUCUUAUGAUAAUUUCACUGAUAAUUAUAUCACAAAAACUGCAACAAAUUUAGUUAAAGAAAUAUCUAAACAUGGUGGUGAACUUGUUGAAUGCAUGUUCACUGAAGAAGGUAUUAAAUUUCUCAUUCAAGUUAUGAGUAGUACAAAUACACCAACAAUAUUAUCAGCAAUUUUGGCUCUUGGAUAUGCUGCUGGGUAUUCUAAUAGAAUAGCAAUGAAUAUUAUUGAAAUGAAGGGGUUGCAUAGCUUAGCAAAAGUCUUCAGAACUCACAGUGACUUUCAUACAUUUGCUAUUAGCAUUUGGGCUGCAGGACAAAUAGGCAAACACUCUUUUGAACAUGCCAAUGCUAUUGCUGAAACUGAUAUUCUGACUAUUGUACUAGCGAUGUACAACUGUCCACUGAGUUCUAAAAAAUUAAAAAGUAAAUGUAAAGUGACACUAAAAUUAGUACUACAAAACUGUAUAAAAAUUGAAGUUUUAAAAACAUUAUUAUCUGACUGCCCAUCAGAUAUUCUUAAAUAUAUUUUAAAUCAAUUUACUAAGAUUUUGCCAAUAGAUUCUAAAGCUAGACAAUUAUUUAUUACUACUGGAGGCUUGAAGGAGAUUCAAAAUAUAAAAGCUCUUCCUGAUUCGAAUCUAUCAAGACUUGUGAAAAUCAUUAAAUGUUGCUUUCCUGAAGAAAUUAUCAGGCUCUAUUCUCCAGGUUACUCAGAUAGUCUUCUAAAAACUGUAGAGCAUUAUCAACCCAAUUGCUUACUUAAUGAGGAAAUAUUCACAAUGUUCAAUGAUAAUGGUGGUUUGUAUACAAUUCAACAAAAAUAG